CAGUCUGGAUGGAUGGAGGUGUGUUCAAACAUUUUUUUUACUUUCACUUGUCAUGCCUCUAAAUGUUUCUACAAUCCGGAAACAAACUCUACAGGAACUUAAAGUAGGAUACAAUGCUCGUCGUGCACCUAUAGACCACAGGGAGCAGGGAGCCUUUUGGGAUUUGGCCCAUGUCGCAUUAAGCAGUGAAACCAUGGCAUUGAACUUGGACAUCAUGAAGUCCUCAGACCUCAUCAAGAAGGAGCGUCUGGAUUACGGCGGGUUCGGGGAGGUGUUUCUGUGCUACCACAAAACGCUGGGACAUGUGGUGCAGAAGACGGUCUACACAGGACCACCACGUAAUGAGCAGAAGUCGUCUCUGCUGGAGGAAGGCCGUCUGAUGAGCAAGUUGAAACACGAGCGCGUGGUUAAGCUGCUGGGGGUCAUUCUGGAGGACAGAGACUACUCGCUGGUCAUGGAGCUCAUUCCUAAAGGCAACCUGCUGGCCAUGCUGCAGAAAGUGAGUGUUCCCAUAUCCAUUAAAGGAAGGAUAAUUCUGGAGAUCCUAGAGGGAAUGAUUUAUCUAACAGACAACCAAGUGAUUCACAAGGAUCUGAAACCGGAAAACAUCCUGGUUGAUGAACAUUUCCAUAUAAAGAUCGCAGACCUCGGACUGGCCACAUGUCAGACGUGGAGUCGGCUGACGAGGGAGGAGUCGCGCAGACAGAGUCGGGGAGGCAGGAGGUCGUGUGUGGUGGCGGCUGGGACGUUGUGCUACAUGGCUCCUGAGCACCUGGAAAGCAUCAACACUCGCUCCACUGAAAAAUCAGACGUUUACAGCUUCGCCAUUGUGGUGUGGGUCGUUCUGGCCAGCCAGGAGCCUUAUGAGAAUGCUAUUAGUCAAGACCAGAUCUGCCAGUGUGUGCGUAAAGGAGACCGUCCAGAUGAGAGCCUUAUUCCAUGUGAUUCACCAAAAGAGAUCAUCACGCUUAUGAAAAAAUGCUGGGAACAUGACCCUCAGAAACGACCCCGGUUUAAAGAGAGCUAUGACUCAUUUUUGCCUUUCUAUAAGAACAACCUGGAAAAAUAUGUUGAGAAGGACUUGCAGAGUCUUAAGGAUUUAUAUGAAGGUCCAUUGGAGCUGCUGGAAAAAUUAAAAACACUGACAACAGAGCCGGGAGGUAUUGCUGCAGGACUGGAGGCUCCGUCCUUUCUGCAGCGCUCCGGUGACUCACCCACCCCUCUGAGGAGUUCAGAACUGGGGCCGGUGGAAGUAAGCUUGGAAGACCUCAGUUUAAUGACCUCGGGCGCCUUUCAAGUGGACGCCGUCCCUGACCAUCCUUCCGCGCCUCCUAACCUGGAGCAGAAACUGGACCAAGAGUUAAACUACCACAAACAUGGCAGCUACUUCCCUGAGCAGCAGCCCAACCUCCCCUCGUACCUUAACUCUAAUCCUCCCUUGCAGACUGCAUCUAGUUCCAACUGGGGUGGAGAUCUUCCUCAGCAGGUGUCCUCAGUGCAGUCUUGGUCCAAACCUAACCCUUAUCAGAGUCCUUUUGAGGCUUCAGUCAGGCCGGAUUACGACAGUCAGAUGUCAGUGCCGCUUUCGCAGUGUGGACCGUACCAACAGUCCAAACCGCUCGAACGCUUGCAGUCAUGGCCUUCUGACAUCUCUGCAGUGGGGAUCUCGCCGCAGACAGAAACAGGUGGAUCACUGUACAUCAGUCAAGCCAGUGGGAUUCAGAUCGGGAACAACAACACCAUGCACUUCCGCAGUAUGGACAGCUCCUCUCUCAGCUCUCAGUCCAGCACGUCGUCCUCCAACACAAAGUAUAAAGAGCUACUAAUGAACUAUGAGUUCCACAGCGUAAGUGAUGAACAUCUGGAGCUGGUCCGAAAGAACGUAGGCGGGAAAUGGAAAGCCUGCGCCAGAAAGCUGGGCCUCACCGAGGUGGAGAUUGACGCCAUCGAACAUGACUAUGCACGUGAUGGCCUGGCUGAGAAGGUCCACCAGAUGCUGGAGCGCUGGAAGAUGAAGGAAGGUCUUCAAGGCUGUACGGUGGGAAAACUGUGUCGAGCCCUGGAGCACUCCGUUAAAGCAGAUGUGCUUAUCGAACUACUGCACAAGUCUCAAGACUACACUGUUCUUCUGAAUGCCAGUGCUCUGAGCCUGAUUUAACAACGAGUUGUAGUCCAGGUGAAGGUUUUAUACACACAAGUGAUAAUAGCAGUGGAGGUUAUUAUUAUUUUUCUAUGUCUUCAUUUUAUUUCUGUUUUAAUUUUCAUACUUUUGAAUGUAUUUGAAUCUUUUUUUUUUUUUUUGGGAGGAGGUUUCCACAUUUUUACACAAUUCAUUAUUUUUUUGCGUUUCAAAAAAACUAUUGUUUGAUGAUUUCUCAAAAACAGACCUAGUUUUCAUAGUUCUGUACUUUCAGAUCAAAUAAUUAAAAAAAAAACUUCAGUAUAGCACUGCAUUGCAUGAAUAAAAUGAAUUGUAUAAAAUUAUUUUACUGAAAAAUGGAAAGCAACACAGCAAAUCUGCAGCAAAAGUCAUUUUAUUAUUUUCAAAUCAAAAGAAAAGAAAAAAGAUGGUUGAUUAUUUUAAAUACAUUUGUUUGUGUAAGGCUUUAAAAUUAUAGAAUAUAUAUGCAGAAUCUUCUUCAAUCUAUUGUAUAUUUACAAUGUUUCAGGUUUUUUUUUUGUUUUGUUUUUUUUUUUUGUAUUAUGAACAUCAUUGAACUGAUCGUUUCUGAGAAAGGGUUCCAACUGGAACACUUUUAGGAGCUAUAGAGUCCUUGGUUGUCUAACGAAGCCUUAAAGGACCCUUUAACCCCUGUUUUCUUUUUUCUAAGAUCAGGAUAGCUAAAUUUGAAGCACCUGACAGGUUCUAGAUAUUGAGAAUAAAAAUAAUUUUCAGUGAAAUGGAGUUUGUAAAUGACAAGCUUAACCAGUUAAUACAUACACUCUUAGAAAAAAAAAAAAAAAAGAGUUCUUCAAUGGUUCUUUAAGGCUUCGUUGGAUAAUGAAGGGUUUUUCUAGCUUCCAAAACAGGAAUAUUACUAAGAAUCCUACCUACAAUUUUGUUGUAGGGUUCUACCCUAAAACGUUAAGGGUCUCCUCAGCGGGACAACUGAAGAACCCUAAGUGGUCCUAUAUUUUUUAAAAUUGUAGGAUCAUAUAUGUUCUGAUAAUUGUGUUGCCAAAAUGUUUAAAUUUAAAGCAAAAGACCGCAAUUUUUCACAGUUACAGUUGUUUAUAGUAUUUCUAAAAGUGAAACUGAAGUGUUAGCAACACUUACACACUUUAUUUCCGUUUCCUUCCCGUGGUGUCUUGGGUAAUAUUUACAUUAAGAUUUUACUUAAUGUUUUAACAUUAAGGUUACGUUAAGAGUUUUUGGAAAUUCAAAGGUGUUUCAGGAAAUUCCUUACAGGUGAUCACUGUGCUAUUCACAACUUAGUGUAACAAAUUUGAAGUGAAGUGACUUGUGGCCAAGUAUGGUGACCCAUACUCGGAAUUUGUGCUCUGCAUUUAACCCAUCCAAGUGCACACACACACAGUAGCGAACACACACACACUGUGAACACACACCCGGAGCAGUGGGCAGCCUUUUUUGCUGCGGCGCCCGGGGAGCAGUUGGGGGUUCGGUGCCUUGCUCAAGGGUCUCACCUCAGUCGUGGUAUUAAGGGUGGGAGAGAGCGCUGGUCAUUCACUCCCCCCACCUACAAUCCCUGCCGGACCCGAGACUCGAACCCACAACCUUCAGGUUCACCUUCGGGUUGCAAGUCCGACUCUCUAUCCAUUAGGCCACGACUGCUUUUUACGACUUUUUGAGUGUUAUAGUUUAACGAUGGUUCUCAAAGUUGGAAUCCCAGGGCUCCAUGAAGUGUAACCAGUCCAUUUAUUCAUUUAAUUCAGUUGUAACUAACGUGUUUUGUGAUUUUUUUUUUUCACCCAAUGUAUUAUAUCAGUAGAGAGUUCAGAAAUAAAGAACGCCAUAGUUCUAAUAAAUGGCCAAAAUAUGAUUGUUCACAUUUAAAUAAUAUUCAGGAAAUACACUAUAUGGCCAAAAGUAUGUGGACACCUGAGCAUGUGGACACUUCUAUGAGCUUGUUGGGCAUCCCAUUCCAAAACCAAGGGCAUUAAUAUGGAGAUGGUCCUCCCCUUUACGGCUAUAAUAACCUCAACUCUUCUGCGAAGGCUUUCCACUAGAUGUUGAAGCGUGGCUGUGGGGAUUUGUGAUCAUUCAGCUACAAGAGCAUUAGUGAGGUCAGGUGCUGAUGUUGGUGAGGAGGUCUGGGGUUCAGUCGGUGUUCCAGUUCAUCCCAAAGGUGUUCAGUGGGGUUGAGGUCAGGACUCUGUGCAGGACACUCGAGUUCCUCCACUCCAACCUUCACACACCACAUAUGGGUGUGAUGAUCAGGUGUCCACAUACUUUUGGUCAUAUAAUGUACAGUAAAUCUGCAUUGUGGGGAUCUGGGGGAUUUAUUUUGCAGUUAAAGGCAUCCCUGGCUAUGAAAAGUUUGAGAAUCACUGUUAUAUAUAACCUCAGGAAACACAGGCAUGUGGUUGUUUUCUGUAUUCUGAUGCGCUGAAUGCUGACCAGAUGCAAGUAGUUCCUGUAGAACAAAUACAGACAGUAUGAAGGAAUAUAUGUAAAAUAAAAAGCUUGAACUACCAGAAAACUUUCUGAAAAAGCUUGUCAUUAGGGACACCUACUGGGUAAAAAUAAUCAUUGGACUUUUUAUAAAUCACAUAUGUCAUGUAGGUGUGUUUGGUAGGUUUAUAUGUAAUUCCUAAAUGGUUAAUGCAAUAUUUUUGUUAAACCCCUUGAUUGAAAGUCUAUAAUUCAACUGCAUCUUGAUUGCUUCAUUUCAAAUGCACUGUGGUGGUGUACAGAGGCAAAAUUACAAAAAUUGUCUAACUGUUCAAAUACUUAUGGGCCUGACUGUACCUAACAUGAGAAAUCAAUCAAAUUGAUGGAUUCUCACUGUACACCUUUUAGAUGCUAUACUUUCUCAUUUUUCAGGUUUCUGAUAGCACAAUAUACUUACUGUAUAUUAUCAGUUUAUUGUCUUACUGUCAUUUGGUAAUGUCUACAUUUCUUUUUUUAGAUAUUAAAAUAUGGAAACCAAA